GUCGACAUAUGUCCAGUUCUAGUGUCUUACCCUCCUCUUCCUGCCUUCCAUCACAAGAUUAUCUUGGAGAAUAUGCAUAUACCCCCUUCUCAUCUCCGUCUCAAAUAUCCUCUUCCUCUAUGAACUCUUCACUCCUUUCCACUGUUAGUCAUGAUGACAUAUCCAGCGGCUACGCUGCUUCGCUGACUCUCGUACAAUCCCCUCCAUUCCUGGCACGGACACUUUCGCAGACGCUACCGGAUUUGUGCUCGUUGAAAUCGUAUAGAUUACUUGGAACGCUUGGCCGAGGAACGUACGGUAAAGUGAUGCUUUCAUGCUUUAGUGUAAACAAAAGUCCAGGCAGGCAAUGCGCCAUGAAGGUCCUUCAAAAGCGGAGUAUGACCCUCCAGCGAGCGAAAGGCAUCAAGGGAGAGCUUACAGUAUUGAAGUCCGUUGCUGAAGCAAUAUCUCUUAACCGGCGCGUACAUAAAUGCGGAUUCGACGACGAAAGCCUACGGGGCGUAUCGUUCUUGCAGAAUACACUGGCAUGCUUUCAAGAUGAUGAGUUCGUUUACAUGAUAUUGGAAUAUCACCCGAUUUCACUAGCACAUUCUCAGGCGGCUCGACGUCUACUCCUCGUUCAUCCGCCUGCCUGCCUCAACGCUACCCAAGACUUGGAAAGAACGCUAGAAUCUUUCCGCUUUCUUACAGCCGAACUCGUUUUAGGCAUCCUGUAUCUUCAUCGGCUGGGAAUUGUACACCAAGACCUAAAGCCUGCCAAUAUUAUGAUUUCUUUUCAUGGUCAUGCGAUUAUCUCAGACUUCGGUGCUGCCCGCCCGCUCCCGCUCUUAUCUGAAAAUGAUUCCUCUGGAUCACUGAUUUCAGCGCCAGAUAAUGUACAGCGUGGUCCUAUUAUACUCCCUCCAUCCGAGUCAACGACGUUUACUCCAUUAUAUGCUGCACCGGAACUAUUCGACCAUCAAGAUGACGGAUCGCUUAUUUAUGAUGAACGCGUGGACUUUUGGAGUUUAGGCAUAUUAUUAUGGGAGAUCGCGACAGGUGACGUCCCGUAUGGAGAGACUGCAGACGAGUCGGCCACCGAAAGCGAGGAAUUGGUGCUGGACUUUGAGAGGGGUGAAGGCUUGGAUCCAGAUUUACGGGAUUUCUUGCAGCAGCUUCUUGGCUAUUGUGUUGAUGACCGUCUUUGUGGAGAUGACGCCAAGUUUCACCCGUUCUUUGACACGAUAUGGGACCUGUGGGAUGAUAUCGCAAUGCUACGAUAUUCUCCGCUACCGCAUCCCGGAAAGAGCCCUGUUAUCAACGACAUAUCUUUAUCUCUUGAUAAUGAAGUCGAAAUGAAACAGAGUACCGAUUGGGAUGAAGCACUUCUGGAAAGGUGUCUCGAAAAGCGGGUCGAAGUUCACGCUACCGAAAGGUUGUUCGAAGAAGUCGAUUUAAGAGUGACAUGGCCACUGGAAAGCGACUUUGUUGGUAAACUCGCCCUAGUUGCUGACCAGGCCGAACAGGAAGCAACGCUUAAAAUGUUUGACUAUGGAUUUCCUGAUCCAAACCCAAAUCCAGAGGUGCCAACAAUCCAUGACCCGCGUAAUGAGAUUCCACCUGAUAAUGUCUCAAAGGCGGAAGCUCUGGCUCUGGGACGGCCUUGCGCGCCAGUCACAUUCGAUGGUCCUUCUGUCGAUGAUUUGGACACCCUCGAAGUAGAACAAUCUAACAACACACUUUCAGUUGCCUCUGACUCGCACUAUGUAACUCCUACGGUGAAUCGGGACCCGUGUCAGGCUACCCCUGAUCACGAUCGCAAAAUUCGUAACGUAUGUGAUAAUAGGUCAUCACUUCUUCGCGACUCCCCUCUGUCUAGCUACGUACCCUCAGGCGACGAAAGACACACCGAACGCUAUCUACACGACGAUUAUCAGCCAACAUAUCCAUAUCUCGCAUCGCGAUUCUCGUCGUCUUCAUCGGAUUUCUACAUGAGCUCGGAAGUAUUUUCUCUCGUAUCUGUUAUAGGACGCAGAACAUAUGACCACUCGUCGAACGGGUUCCCGGAUACUGGACCUAAUCGAAUUGAUCCACCCAAGGCACGUCUGAGGCGCCGCCUUCCUAUAUUUCGAGAAAAUAUUGCUGCGCUACACUCGGAGCCGCCAGCCCCUGUCGCCGCUGAUGCAACACAUACCUGUCAGGACCCUUCAGAUUCGUGGACAUGGUCAUUUGAAGAAAAGAUCACGCUUGCCAUUUUGGAGGCAUUGAGCCAUAGGCACGAGAAUGAAGCAACUCAGCAAGCUAAGAGCGGGCUACCGAGAGCGUUUAAUAAGGGAUCCGUCAGACUGGGUCAACUCAAAGAUUACUUUUCUUCUGUCGUGGCAGAGAAGGUGGAGAAAACGGUCAAAGUGCAGCGUACCGCGACGAUAGGAUUGAAGAGCGGUGUAAUGCGAUCUAUGAACCUGUUUUCGAAACUUCUCGGAUGAUAGAACAGUCAUCUGUUCCGAUGCUAUGAUAUAUACUUUUGCAUAUUUGUCUCCAUAUGUCUUUUUCUAUUUUACACUGUCUGUAAAUUACUUGAACAUGUAGAUUAUGCACUCGAGUGAAAGGAUCUGAAUUAGCGCAGGAGGCAUUGCCACAUUUACGCA